AUCGCCGGUCUGCUGUGUCCCUCGGACACAGCGGAUCACGGAAAGAGCCGAAGAUGUCGCCUCGGUCAUGUGAUCAGCUGUGUCCAAUCACAGCUGAUCACAUGGUACAUGUACACUGAUCAUCAGGGCACUGAUGAUCAGUGUGCCCUGAUGAUCAGUGUGGCCCCAGAAGUGCCACCUGUCAGUGCUCAUCAGUGCCAGUGCCCUUCAGUGCCACAUGCCAGUGCCCAUCAGUGCCACAUCAGUGCCACAUAUCAGUGCAUACCAGUGCACAUCAAUGCCACAUAUCAGUACAUACCAGUGCACAUCAAUGCCACAUAUCAUUGCCCAUCUGAGCUGCCUUUCAAUGUCACCCAUCAGUGCCAGUCAGUGCCACCUAUCAAU